UUUCGACUCACUUUAGGGGAACUGUGCCAUGAUUUGAAAAUUUGGCUUCAAUGGCAAGCUUGUUUCGCUUGCAAGUAAAUAGGAAUAAGAGAAGCACUCCAAUGCUGGUUCCCAUUAAUGCAGGUCGCCGAUACUCGGCGACACCCGAUCCCAACUGCUGAUGUAGACACUUUGGUGGACUUCUUUGCCGGCACUUACAACGUAAGCAGAGUUCUCUAGCCCUAAGCUCAGUCUGAAUUCGCGUUUAAAGAUGGUCACACAAGUGGUCCUCGGCUUGGGCUUUCUCAUUGCUGGUCUAGUUUUGGCCACUGACGCCUGGCUGUUAUCCGAAUCCGGGUUGAACGAGUCCAGUUACAAAGUCCGUCACCUGUCAAUGCACUUUCCGCGAGUGUUCCUCAGCGUAAAUGUAGAAGGAAACGAUGCUCCCACUUUGAUCGAGGCGCAAUGGCCGGUUUCCUAUUUUCCCAUGCCCACCGUCGUCUUUCCGCACAGCGAAGUUCAUUCCAUGGGCGAUCAUGAGGAUUGCUCCCUGGUGCAGCAGGCCCACUGGUCCCAGGUGGAUGCACUGAGUCGGCUGUGGGUCAUGGACAUCGGAUUUCCCGGCAGCACGUGCUCGCCCCGUUUGUUUGUCUUCGAUCUGAUGCGCAACAACGCGGAGCUAUUGAGAAUCGACUGUGGGCAUCAUAUCGGAGCUAAUGACACCCAAUUUCUGACUGUCCAAAUGGGGCCCAAGGGUCCGGGAUGUGAGCACGAGCGCCACAUUUACUUCAUCCUAGGAAAGGCACCAGAAAUUCUCGCCUACGACAUCCUUGAGCAGACGUGGCACCGCUUUUCCUUAGAGAGCAAUAAGUACGAGAAUAUGAACCAAUCGUUUCCCAUCAAGCCGGUGGAUUUCACCUUCGGUAUUCAAGGGGAACUCAUCCUGUCCGACCAGGAUGGCGACCUAUACAGCACAGUGGACAGGCUGCAAGUUGAAGGCGAAUUAAAAAGCGAAUUGGCAAGCAACUCGAUACACAGUAGCAUUAAACUCACACAUUUGGGCAGUCUUCUGGGCAGCAGUCGCAGCAUGAUCGUGGACAAUUUCGGAACCUUGUACUAUGUAAUCCCCAAAUUCGGAGCUGUUGUACGAUGUGCCAAACUAGCCAACAUCACAGCCGAGGGCAACGAAAUCAUAUAUCUCACGUCGAAGAACAUCCAGCAGAUUUUCUUCACCUCCAAUGAUGCGUUAUGGGUCCUAAGUGAUCGGGUCUUGAAUGCGAAGGACAUGUGCUUUGCCAGCUUAUAACAUUU